AUGACGCUGCCCCGGUUAGUCAGUACCCAACCCCCACCACACCAUUCAAACAAGAGGAUAUUGGAUAUCGACAACAUUGUAUCGCUGUGGGCUCUUGCAUCCAAUCUAGCCCCGACUCAACCCAUUGGCUGUGUGCGCAACUUGUGGCCGCCGGCGGAUUUGGCAAGUCGGGCAUGCCUUCAAAAAGCAGUGCAGUGUUCCCCCAUCGACAUUGAACAUUCCUAUCAACGCAUCAACAUUGGGUUCUGGAUUACGUUAGCCAGCUUUCAGUUGCACGUUGAUGUGGCAGCGCUUCUUCUAAAAUGCGCUGUCCGUAGAAUUGGGUGUCACUGGGAGACCAUUUUCAUACACAACAAGCUCUCUGUGGUCCCGGCCUGCAUGCUGCCCUCGCCCUCUUGCGCACCCCAUCCGUCGCUUCUUCGGGUUUGGCACGUCCUUGGCCUGGCCGCUCUGAGUUACAUCAUCGACGCGCUUCGGAAAUCUAUACAAGGUCGCUCCUCAGCCGCAUCCAUGACCGUGCUGUAG